AUGUACGAUAGAACGUUAUCAGGAAGACGUGGACUUACAACAAAUUUUGAGGAAGGAGUUAAGGGGUUUAUCACGUGGGCAUUUGCACAAGAAUGUUGUCGACGUGAAGAAGGAGUUAGAUGUCCUUGUCUUAAAUGUGAAUGUAGACCUAUAAUUAGUGACCCAGAGGAAGUAGAACGUCAUUUGAAGAGGAAUGGUGGUUUCAUUAAAAAUUAUUGGGUUUGGACAUAUAAUGGAGAACAACUGCCGAGUAACGUAUAUGCAGAGACAACUAAUACACACACAUCAAGCAGUCGAUCACAUAUGGAAUUUGAUGAACAAUUUAAUCUGAUCGAUGAAAUGGUUGGAAAUGCAUUUGGAGUAAAUGUGACAUAUGAUGAACCUCAGGAUUUUGAUGGGGAAGAGUUGCCGAAUGAAAUGGUUGGAAGCACAAAGAUUUUACCAAUUGUUGAAAGAAAUGAAUACACCGUUGUUUGA